AUGAAUGAAGAUGUGAAAAUCCUUGAUGGUGGUCUGGCAACUGAGUUCGAAGCAGAUGGUUUUUAAAUACAGGGAGACCCAUUGUGGAGUGCUAGGAUUCUUCAGAGCAAUCCUCAAGCUAUCACUGGCGUGCAUUCAAGGUAUCUCUGCAGCAGUGCAGAUAUUAUUAUCACAGCUACUUAUCAAGCAACAGUUGAAGGUUUCGUGAAGGAUCUGGGACUGAAUGUACGGCAAGCUAUAGAAGUUGUACAGUCUGGAAUGACAUUUGCUAAGAAAGCUGUAGAAACAUUCUCUCUGAGCUGCAAAUGUAAAGGUAGGAGACCACCUCAGGUUGCAGAUUCCAUUGGGCCUUAUGGAGUUUUCCUUCAUGAUGGCUCACAGUACAAUGGGAACUAUGUCGACACAAUGACUUUGGAGGAGCUAAAUGCAUGGCAUCGACAUCAAAUGCAGUAUCUUGCAACAGCAGGUGUGGACAUAAUAGCUAUGGAAACCAUUCCAAGCCAGGAGGAUGCCAAAGCAUUAGUAGGGCUGGUUAGAGAAUUCCCUAACACCAAGACAUGGCUAUCUUUUCCAUGCAAGGAUGAAUGUCUUAUCUGCCACGGGGAACCAUUUGAGGAAGCUGUCAAGUUAUCAGCCAAGUCAGAGCAGUUGGUGGCUACUGGAAUUAGUUGUUCUUCCCCUGAGUUAAUAAGUGCUCUACUGCCAUCUGCAGAAAGAAGUUAACACCCCAGCAUAGACUGCACUGUGUAUCCUAACAGUGGUGAAAGUUGGGAUGUCAACAGUGGCUGGCGAGUAUGUUCUUCUAAGAGAAGUCUUGCUUCAUUAGGAAUGGAGUGGAAACAAAUGGGUGCUACAUGGACUGGUGGUUGUUGA